AUGACGAUAACCACCUACGAGGCAAUAGGGGACUCGACGGACCUGGCGAUCCUCAGUCUGACCCGUCUGUUUGCGCGCCUCGAACACAACCUCCUGUCACCGGCCGCGGACCUGAAGCCGCUGCGCCAGUCGGAGCUGCAGCGGAUGCGAGUCGGGGCUAACAUCGACUACGCCCGCACCCACCUCCACGCCCUCGAACGGAGCCUCCCCCAGAUCAAACCCCUCGACCGCCGCCACGAGCUCCAAACCGACCUCUCCCGCCACCGCCAGACCCUCAAGCGCCUGCAGCAGGUGCUGGAUGACGUCCAGGCCGAGGCUGAGCUGCGCGGGACCCAGCAGCAUGACGACGACGAGGAGUCGGAGGCAGACGCAGUGGAGGAUUUGUUGCUAGGCACGCCCGACGAGGGAAACACAUCCGAUGAGGGGGUAGAUCGGGACAGUGACGCCGCGACACCGUCACAGACUACGCCGCAGGCCACGGGAGCUGCGCCGACAGCACUACCAACAGCAGCAACGACGACGACGGCCGCCGAACCACCUAUGUCGACCACGGCUGCCACAUCGACGCUUCGCAACCGCAGCCAUGCACCGGCAGACGCACAGGCGACGGCGACGGGCUCCUCCCUCCAUGGACAUCGCCCGCAGUCCCCGUCCCCUGCGGACACGUCCAGGCUCCAAGCCAGGGAACAGACGCUCACCGACCAUCGCGCCGAACAGGAGGAACUCACCAAUUCGCUUUUGUCGCUCGCGACGCAGCUGAAGACGUCGUCGCAGGCGUUCCAGUCGUCGCUGGAGUCGGAGAAGUCGGUGCUGCAGCGGGCGGUGGAGGGGAUCGACCGGACGACGAGCAAUAUGGAGGCGGCCGGGCGGCGCAUGGGCAUGCUGCGGCGAAUGACCGAGGGCAAGGGCUGGUGGGGGCGGAUGAUGCUGUAUGCGUGGAUCUUUGGGCUGUGGCUGGUUGCGGUCUUGAUCGUGUUUCUGGGACCGAAGUUGCGGUUCUGA